AUGGGAAGGCCAACUUACGAUUUUGACUUUCAUCCUGGUUUUAACUGCAUAAAUACGAGUUCCUUUCGAUACUUUGUUGACAAGGGCUUCGAUCUUGUUAUAAAAGGAGAAUCGACCCACGAAUGCGUCCAGGCAGAACUCAGCGGGGGCCGAGACUGGAUUCUAGCAGAAAAAGUCAUGGAGAACAAAAAACUAACGACGAGCUGCUCUCGUCAUCGAAACCACAAUCCUCUCAAGAAAAAAUACAAUUCCGCUGCUUACAAGAAAAAGAAUUAUUUGAAGUUCAAGUUCAAUUCAAGAAAAUAA